AUGGAGGAUAAAGCAAGUAUCCAUUCGCAUGCCCAUCACGAGGGCGAACAUGAAGACGUCGAAACCAAGGUCGUUGCCGGUCAUGAAGCCUUCGAAAAGGCCAUGAUCGCGGACCCUCCAUCUGCUUGGUCUAAGGGUCAACUCCUCGUCUACGCGUUCUCUCUGGUCGGCUUCCUGUGCAGUACGAUGAACGGUUACGACGGCUCUCUCAUCAAUAACCUGCUCCAGAACCCCUGGUUUCGCGAAAAGUACGGCGUUGGGAAUAGCGGUAUCUGGGCAGGCAUUGUGUCAUCCAUGUACCAGAUAGGAGGUGUUGCGGCCCUGCCGUUCGUCGGUCCUGUCAUUGAUGGGUUUGGGCGGCGAUGGGGAAUGAUCUCUGGCGCUGGUCUCAUUGUGGUGGGCACAGUGAUUCAAGGCCUGUCUCACGAAUCCGGUCAGUUCAUGGGUGGUCGAUUUCUCCUCGGUUUCGGCGUGUCUCUCGCAGCGUCUGCUGGCCCAAUGUAUGUCGUGGAAAUCAAUCAUCCGGCGUACCGCGGACGCCUUGGAGCUAUGUACAACACACUAUGGUUCUCCGGAGCUAUUAUCGCCGCUGGUGCCGCCAGAGCUGGCCUCAACGUUGGAGGCGAUUAUUCUUGGAGACUCAUCACGUGGCUCCAGGCUCUCUGCGCUGGGCUCAUUCUCCUUACCAGUCCAUGGAUACCUGAGUCCCCCCGGUGGCUGUAUGUCUUUCACAAGAAGGAAGCUGCGAAGGCUGUUCUGGUAAAGUAUCACGGAAACGGGAACCCCGAUUCUCCAUGGGUUCUCCUGCAGCUUUCUGAAUAUGAAGAGGCCUUGAAUAUGGAUGGAGCAGACAAACGUUGGUGGGAUUAUCGCGCUCUCUUCCGAGACCGUGCUGCUGUUUAUCGUCUCAGCUGUAACCUUGCAGUGUCCAUAUUCAGUCAGUGGGCUGGAAAUGCUGUUCUCUCUUACUUCCUUGGUGCCGUGCUUGACACGGCCGGGUACACUGGCACCAUCCAGCAGGCGAAUAUCACCCUCAUAAAUUACUGCCAACAGUUCGUAUUUGCGAUAUUGGGAGCUAGUCUGGUCGAUCGACUUGGCCGUCGUCCACUUUUGAUCUUCUCUUUCGCCGCAUGUACUGUGGUCUGGCUUGGCAUGACUGUCGCCUCAUCCCAGUUUGCCGCCUCUUACGCUGGAGACGACGCAAAUGGAGAUCCGAUAUACACCAAUAAGGCAGCCUCACAGGCCUCUCUAGCUAUGGUCUUCAUCUUUGGCUCUCUAUUCUCUUUUGGAAUCACCCCACUGCAGGCUCUGUACCCAGUCGAGGUCCUCUCCUACGAGAUGCGUGCCAAGGGCAUGGCCUUUUCUAACUUGGCUGUAAAUGCGGCGGGCCUCAUUAAUCAGUUCGCCUGGCCAGUGGCAAUGGAGAAGAUUGCUUGGAAGACAUAUAUUAUCUUCACCGUCUGGGACCUCAUCCAGCUCGAGGAGCUUGAUGAGGUUUUCGCUGCCCAAAACCCGGUCAAAGCCUCGAUCCAGAAACAGACACUUGCUGUCCGAAGCGAUGGGGGUGGCGUGGUCAAGGUGGAAAAGGUUUAG